AUAUGCGUGUCUUUGCAUUGGACGCACCCUCAAUCCCAGUCUAAUCUGCUCCGGUUUAUCGAAUUCCCUUUUAAAUCCGGCAAACCAACUUCAGACCGAUGUUUAUUCAGUGUUUAGUCUCUGGUCUAGUUUCGCACAAAACUUAGUUCACGGCCGGUGCUCUCUUUGAAGAUACGUUUCACAGCAAGCAGUCAGCUGUCUAUUAGCUAUUUAAUGGUAAAUAUGAAUUAAAUAGCUAAUGACGUUAGUUACUUAGCCAGCUACGCAACAACACGAUAAACUGUUGUGGAGACGUACAAGACAAACAUUGUGCUGCGUAGUGUAUAUCUUGCAGUGACGCUGUCGUAAAAUUUCUUCUGACCGUGUAGAGUCACUGACUUGCCUACGUUUUUGUGCAUAAUACUUGGGAUAUUCGAAUUUCGAGCUUCACUAGUCUAGCUCACGUACGAAACGUCCAGAUAAGCAAAGUGAGAAGGUUUCUUUGCAAUGGAACCUCGUUUGACUCAUGAAAUUGAACUAAACAAGAGGUAUGAAGAAAUAUUGAAGAGAAGGACCACUUUACUUCAAGAGAUGGAGAAUCUACACGAGCAGCAUGAAAAUAAGAAAAAGCAACAUACCAUGGAUGUGGAAGCUGCAAUUGAAAGAAAUGCUCAACUCCUUCAUGACUUGCAGAAAAUUGAAAAUCGCUUGAAAACAAGAUCUUUCACUCACCCUGAUAUUCUCAGUCUUGAGGCUCGUUACUGGGCCUCUGUGGAGGAGAAGAUUCCGGAAUGGGAGCCUUUCUUGCUGGGGAGGGGGCCCACUCCAGUUAGAGAUGGGGAAAAAUCACAGAGGAAGACAAGGAGGAAGAAAGGGUCAUCUCAGGACAGCCCCCCCACACACACUGUGACCAGUUUGCCUCCUCGCUCCAACCCUAAAACUGUAUCCUGACCGUUUCUGCUGUUCCACAUUACCUACUUGGAUGUGAUCUUUCCUGGUUUGAAAAGUUUUGGAACCUUUGUACAAGUUUGAGCGAAGUGGGUUGUGGUCCGUGUGGACCUCAAACUGGGAAACGGCUUAACCCAGGAACAUAAUGCAGUAUAUGGCAAAGCAAUCUGUGUACAGUGCUGUGAAAAAGUAUUUGCCACCUUCCUGA